GGCCUCCUCCCUUCACCUGAUAGGCUUUUGGGUUCAUGACCAGGGUGGCCCUGCAGGCGGAGAAACUGGACCACCAUCCUGAAUGGUUUAACGUGUACAACAAGGUCCACAUCACGCUGAGCACCCAUGAGUGUGCAGGUCUCUCGGAGCGGGACAUAAACCUGGCCAGCUUCAUUGAACAAGUGGCAGUGACCAUGACAUAGGGCCUGCCCCUCCUUUUCAUUCCUCAGGGGAAGAGGGGGGAGCUGGGGCGUCCUGGGUCCUGCUCAGUCACCUCACCCAGGCCAUGUUGCUGUGCUGCCCACUGCGGGUGGGUCCUUGCUGUGCAAAGAAGACCGACUUCACUGCCGUCCCCCUCCGCCGUCCCUAGUUUCCUCCCCGAGGCCUGUUAGUACCGGUUUGAAAAAGUUCCUCCUUUCUUUGCAACUGCAGCGAGCUCUGCUUGUCUUGCUCAACUCUGCCGGUCUGAAUCAUUUCCCAAGAAGCUGUGAUGGGCUGGGGGUCGGGGCAGGGUCUUAGCUAGGAACUAGGGCCCAGGCCAAGCGACAAACCCGAUGCUUUCCUGCCCCUAAUAAAGUCCCUGUGUCACUCA